GAACACGAUGUGGGGGUCAUGGAGGGUCACGUCUACUUUUCUCCUCUAUAUCCCUUAGGUGGUUUUACUUAGUUUUGCUGUUAUUCUACCAUUUAAAAAAUUAAACAAAAAAUUUAAAUAGAAAUUUAAAUUAAACGUUUUAAAUAUUAUUUUAUUAGUUAUAAAAUAAUAUCUUUCCGAAAUUAAUGAUCUUUUUAAUUAACUACACCUUUGUCAAAAAAAUCUAACCUAUUAUAACGUAAAAUUUACAAUUCUUUAUAAACAAAAAUGAAAAUGAGACAAAAUAUCUAUUUCGAUGAUCCGGGAGUGGAAACGUUACAUUAUCCUUAUAUCAGUCAAGUGAAUGUCAUUUUGACAGAUAUAAAUUCAUUUCAUCGUAUCAAGCGAUUAAAAACAAAUUUCGUCCCUGGCAAUACUUAAUAUUUAGCGAAAUUUAUAGUGCUCGGUAUAGUUUUUGACGUAUAAUUGUGUGACACAUAAAGAUUUUAUUUUUCAUUGAAUAUUUAUUUGUCAAAUAAAAAUCAUAUCAUAUAUAAAUCACCAGUUAGACAGUAUUUAAAAAUGAGUCAACUGAUUAAAUGUACAAAAAAGUCCAACGUUUAUUUUGUUAGACCAAAGAAGAAAAAGUCUAAAGAUCAUAUUAGUGAAGAUAUGCUACUUACAUACGAUGUUAAAAUGCCUUAAGCUUGGCAUGGAACCAGUAUGGAUCAGUGAAAGAGAUUCUAAUAAAAUGAAAUUUACGAGAAAUGAUAUCCUUGUGGUGGAAAAAUAUGAAGAACUUUCAGAUAAUACAUUAAAAACAUCUAAAUGUUGCAUAGUUAAUCCAGAACUUUUUCCACUUAUUUCUAAUAUAACUCUAGGUAGAACAAGUCCAGUGCAUUCAAAUGUCAUGCAAGAUCUUUGUAUAUGUAUUUCUUCUCGUUUAUGUUUAGAAGAUAAGAGAUACAUACAAGUAUUAGUGUCACAGAUGAGUGGAAAUUUUACAACAAAGUUAGAUGAUAAAGUAACACAUCUUGUAAUAUUAUCUAUUUUGUCUGUUGAAUACGAGAAGGCAAUACAUAUGAAAAUACAAAUAGUUACAAAAGAAUGGGUUAAAGCAAUAUGGGAAGCAAAUAAGAGAGAUUAUGUUGAGCCAAAUGACAAGAGGUUUGAUAAAUAUAAAGUUUCUAUCUUCUAUAAUUUAGUUAUAACAGCAACAAAUAUUAAGAGAUGUGAAAAGGAAGAAAUUGCACGUUUAAUUAAAGAUAAUGGAGGAAUGUAUUUGAAUGAUUUGGAUACAAAAAAAGUUAAUAUAGUACUUGCACCAGAAAAUAGUGAAGAAAAUCAGAAGCUCAAAUAUGCAGAAGAAGCAAAUAUUAUUUGUUUAACACUAAAUUGGCUAUAUGAAAGUAUAAAAGCUGGCCAUGCUUUGCCUUUUAAGCACUAUAUAUAUCAAACAGUAAAAGAACAAUAUUCUUCAAGAAGAUCAAAUGUUUCUACAGUUACUACAAUUUUGGAUAAUCUUACGUUUAUUGAAGCAGAAGCGGCUGGUCCAUUUUUAUAUGGUUGCGUUAUUUACCUAGCUGGAUUUACUUCUGAUCAAAAGGAUAAACUUAACAUAAUAUUGACUGUAGGUUGUGCAAUGCCAUUUGAUUAUGUAUGUGACAUGGUAACACACGUUAUUGUCGGGGACGAAGAUAGGGCAGCUAGUGAACUAAAAUUAUUGAAACCAGGAGCAUUAUGUCCACAUAUAUUGAAACUGGAAUGGUUGGUAGAGAGUAUCAGAUUAAAACAGCCCGCGCCAGUAGAAUAUUUCUUAUACGAACAAGAAAAUAGUACACUUAAAAAGAAUUUACAAUUGAUGCAAGAAAGGAUGUCAGAAGAAGGGAAAGAAUCAUCUAAUCUCGGUCAACAGGAGCUACAUAAUGCAAUUGUUUCAACAACUGAUGAGCCAUAUACACCUGUUUCAACUCAACUGUCAGAAAGUCUCGAAGAAUAUUUCAUACCACCUGAAGCAAAUAAUAUUGAUAUUAAUAAUAGACUAUUUGAAGGUCUGACAUUUGUCGUAUCUGACUUCUGUGACAUGUAUAAUGAUGUGGUUAAAAAUAUAAUAGCAAUGAAUGGAAAAGUAGUUCAAGAUAUGCUCGUUACGAGUCCAGACUAUGGUAUUGUGCCAAAAUUUGGUAUGACUUUAAAUUGUACAGCGAAAGAAAUUGUUACCGAUUUGUUUAUUGAAGAUUGUAUAGAUCAGGGUCGAAUAGUUGAAGUUAUGUAUUAUCAUAGACCUAUAUCUGUAACAAAGAUUGCAUUAGUAGGUUGUGUUCUUACAAUCAGCACAUAUGUAGGAAUUGAACGAUCGUAUCUUGUAACAUUAGCUAUGGAAUUGGGUGCAACAAAGCAAAAUAUUUUCGCUUGUGAAACCAUUAUUGAAGAAGGUAUCUAUAAAAACACACAUUUAAUUUGUCCAAUGCCGGAAGGGAAGAAGUAUGACCUUGCAGUAAGGUGUAAAAUACCAGUUGUUACCGCAGAAUGGUUAAAAGCCUGUGCGGCUCAAUCAACAUGGGUUGACGAAACGCCAUUUCUUGUAAAAAGUUUAGUGCCGUCUAAAGGCCCAGAAAGACCAAUGGAAUUAGACACAAGUUUACUUCAAACUAACACAAAUAAAAUAGUUUUUUCUACUGAACCAGUAGCCACUACUUCAAGAAGCUGCAACAUUAUUGUUCCAAAAGAAUAUUUGCUAAGUUUACAAGUUCAAAAUAAUAUUUUAAAAAACAUGCUGAGUAAUGAACUCAGCUUACCUAUGAACACAACUUUUAAAGCACCAGAAACACAAUGUAGUCAAGUGUUUAGAUCCAUUCCUUCACUAGGGACAGAGAGAUCUUGGUUGGAAGGGAUUAAUUAUUCCUUAAAUUUAAUAAAAGAAAAACCUCCUUUGGAAAAGCCAUUUAAUAGAGUUAUCUCAAUGUUUAAAAAAAACUGUCAGAAAGUAAAUGAAAAGUUACCAGAGAAUCAUGAUGCAGCAGCAAAAGAUCGUUUCAACUAGUAGAAAUUAGAAGACACAGAUGACAAUGGUAAAACUGACAAAUGCAAUUAAUAUGUAAGUUAAAAGAAAGUUUUAGAUAAGCAAAGUAUGUGAGAUAUGCAAAUAUUCAUAAAGACCUAAGAACAGUAAUUGACUGUACUUCCAAAAUUAUUAUAAUAGUAUCGCUGUAUUUAUAUACAAAUGAAGAUUAUACAUCAUACAAUUAAUUGUUUAUAUAUUCAAUAUAUGUAAAAAUUAUUAGCUUCUAUAAUAUUAAAAGCAGUAGUAAGUUAAUUAUUGCACCUCCAGUUUAAUUGUAAAAUCAAAAGAAGUACUGGCUCUAUAUUUUGAAACACGAUCGAAAGCAUAAACUUUUUACUAUAACUGUAUUUGAAUAGGAAUUUGUGGUAUAAUUUAGGAAGUACGAUGGAGGUACACACUGACUAUGUUUUUUCUUAUGAAAGUGUUUUUAUGCACAAUAAAGAUUCUACAUCUCUAAUAGAA